CGGUUCACCGCGUGCGCAGUUUGCAAGGAAGUAGCGAAAAUGUUUCUCGGCUCAGCCCAAUACUUCCUGCCUUGUUGCAGACUGACCAAGUCAGCGUACGGCCUACCGCUCGCAUUUCUCUCCGGACUCAGAAGCUGCAACACCAUGGCCAGCAAGAACCCCAGAGUCUUUAUGGACAUCUCUAUUGGGGGUAAACCCCAGGGUCGCAUAGUGAUGGAGCUAAGAGCAGAUGUUGUCCCAAAGACUGCAGAAAACUUCCGUGCGUUAUGCACAGGUGAGAAGGGUUUCGGUUACAAAGGCUCAACAUUCCACAGAAUCAUUCCUGAAUUCAUGUGCCAGGGUGGUGACUUCACAAGGCAUAACGGCACUGGAGGCAAGUCCAUCUAUGGGGAGAAGUUUAAAGAUGAGAAUUUUCAGCUGAAGCACACAGAUGCAGGCAUCCUGUCCAUGGCCAAUGCCGGACCAAAUACAAAUGGAUCCCAGUUCUUCAUAUGCACCGCAAAGACUUUUUGGUUGGAUGGGAAGCAUGUUGUGUUUGGAUCAGUGGUAGAAGGCCUGGGCGUGGUAAAUGAGAUGGAGAAGUGCGGCAACAAGAAUGGAAAACCCAGUGCCACGGUUGAGAUCACUGAUUGUGGGGAGUUGUCCUGAAUUAUUUGAAUUUGCAAUUUUAAGAUUUAAAUAAAGUGUGAUUGUUUGGAACACCAAA